GUUACUUUUGUUUCGCAGUGUACCGUCUGGGUUAUGUUCUUUACCUAGUAAAAAUUAGAUCCUAAAUCCAAUGUAUUAACUGAUUCCACAAUGGUUUUUGAGCGACUUUAUUUACGACUAUCUAGACACCUGUCAACGAUUAUUUUCGUCUCGGUCUUCGUCGUUUCCACGACUUUUAUUCUGACCGUCGUACAGCGCCAUCUCAGGGGACAGGGCCCACAACUCGACCUGCUCCCCUUUAACCAGAUGGAGCGGGCGCACGCUUCAAGGGAGAUCACUCUCGCCCAAGCCAAACAAAACCUAGACAUCUACUGGGCGCAGAAAUCCAAAGGGGUUUCCGCUAACAACCGCUGCAAGGAUGUUCUGAGCCAGGACAUGUGCACCAAUGUUGAACGCGAUAUUUUAAUAAUUAAAGCCAUGUUUUAUCCGCACACGCCGAAUAAAGAUGGAUUAAGGUUUUUAGACGAACCGUCUUUAGGCGACCAUUACCAAAUUACCAUCCCACCGUACGCUAAGAACAUGACCGAAAAGCAACUGUCUCAACAAGUUUGUUAUAAAAGUAUCAGCACAAGAAACGACCCGCAACAUAAGCCUGAUUCAACAUUUUGCCCUCGUUUGACUUCGCUUAUGGGUUAUAUCUACAAAGAGGUCGAACCCCCGUUGGUGGUUCUCUACACCUGGUGGCCAGACCCCUUAGUGGACAAGGACAAACUCAACCGGAAGUUGGUUUUCGAAAACUAUAACAUGCUGCGCCCUUUCGUCAAGCCGGUUAUUUUCACAGACAGUCGCGUCGUUAUGGCGACGGCCAAUAUUUACGACUGGGCGUGUCUCCCAGUGCCAGAAUACAACCAAGAAGGCGUCCCUGUUUUCAAGAGCAUGUCCCGCGAAAUCGUCAAGAACUUCAACGGGACGUUUUACGCCUACGCCCGCGCCACCACCGUGUUUGACGUCACGUUUUUGGAGACGUUACUGGCCGUCAAAGACAAGCUGGUCUCGAACAUUCUGGAAGAGAAGAAAUCCGGCGAGUGGUACCAAAUCAGACGCGAUUACAAGAAACCGGUUCUUAUUUACGGAAACGCGAUGGCGUACGCGAAAUUAGGAUCCGUGCGUGAUUUGCUCGAGCUAAACGCUGUGGCGUACUCCAAAGGAAAUUUGACCUGGGACGACCCUAAAAAGGGGUUGGUGUACUUUGCGUACAGAAACAUCGAAUUCGAAGACCUGCCGAACGUGAUCGUAGAUGACGUGUACCUGACCCCUUUCCUCGUGGCAAGGUCGCGAAGGCUAGGUCAUGUGGUGCUGGAGACGACCUUGACGACCCUGGCGGUGUACACGGAGAAGAACACGACGGUGACCGACUGGGGGCGGUCCUUUAUAAAAACGAAACCACGUGACCCGCUGUACAACAAGCGAUUGGCCGAGACGUACUUGACUUCGAUGAAAGGUUUCGGAAAAGCCAGCUCACUAGUAGGGGGUUACACAAAGUUUUCACCCAAAGAUGGGAGCGUUCUUAUCAACGGAAAUACAUACUAAACCACCA